UUUUCAGCAGACGGAGCAAGUACAAAUUAGCCCAUCUGGCCACACUGAGCCAUGGCGUAAAUAAAAACAUUUCUAAAUAUUUUACUAUAACCAAUAUCUGUAUAAAAUGUUGCUAAAUAAGAAAGAAGUUAUGUACAAGCAGCUGGUGGAAAAGCUGUAUGACAGGUGCCAAAGGAUUCAGGCGGAAAAUGAGCGAUGUGUGAUGAGAGUAAAUGGGAUCAAAAAGAUAGUAAGAAGGCGCAAUCAUGACGUGGAGCUUCUAAAACGGCGACUAGAUAAGCACGGAGACAACUGGCGAUCCGUUCCCAUGGUGGCUCCACAUCCCAAGGGAAAAACCGAGCAGAAACGCCGAGGACCGAAGCCCAAAAACAAGCAGGCGGCGGAUGAAACCGGAGCACCCGGGUCUGAGCCUGGACCCAAUACUCCAGCUGCCCGGAAACCCCGAAAGCAAAAAGCCAAACAGCCUCCCAUCAAUCCCAAUCCAGUCAUUGCGCCUCCGCAUCCACAACCUCAACCUCAACUGUUGACCUGAGUCAUAGCGAUUGCUUGGCGUGUUCUAGUUUUAAGAUAAAGUGCAUGUAUACUUUUAAAUAUAUUAUUAAGACAAUUAAAAGCUGAACCCACAAAUGGAUUAUAGUAACCAAAGCAAUGAAAGUUGUGAUUGCCUCAG